AUGGAGGAGGGGAGAACAAGUGAGUCCGUUCUGUUCUACUCCACGACCUGUGAGAAAAAUGGAAAGGGCAAAGAAAUCACUGCUAUGAACUUCCUGGCCUUGUGCGCCUCGGGAUACUACGAUAACACUAAGUUCCACAGAUCUAUUAACAUUUUUUUUUUUUUUUUUCCUUUUCCUGUACGCCUCCGCAGGAACAUCAAAGGAUUCGCGAUCCAGGGUGGGGACCCAACGAACACGGGAAAAGGCGGCGAAAGCAUCUUUGGGAAGUACUUCGAUGACGAAUUCCAAUCGACGUUGAAGCACGACAAACGCGGAACCGUCUCCAUGGCUAACAAGGGAAAGCCCAACACAAACGGGUCGCAGUUCUUCAUAACCUACUCCAGGCAGCCGCACCUCAAUGGAGUCUACCCGGUAUUUGGCAAGUAA